AUGGCGCCCUCCUUCAUGACAAUCGACACAUCCGAUGUCGACCUGGCUCCGCCAUCGAAGUCUGAAGACAAACUCCGAGACAUCUUCACCACGUUUGACCGCUCCAACACCGACCUUCAGAUGCUCGAUCGGCUCGCCGCCGGAUUCGUUUCCCUCCCCGCAACCACCUAUGACCUCAUUCUCGUCCUGACAGACUCCGACGGCGCCCGGCGCGCCGAGGCCCUGCAGCUCCUCACCCGAGACCUCUACACCGCUUUGGUACCGGCCAUGAAAGCCGGCGCGAAGCUGCAAACCCAAGAUCACGCCCUGGAUGCCUCCGAGUCUAUGGAGGCCGUGUUGGCGGGCCUCGUACAAACCCCCGCCGGAUUCGAGAAGCCCAAUGUUGAGCAGGCGUCCGCUGUCCCUCUGCGGUUUGGAGCAAAGAAGAACAAGAAGACGACACCCAGUGCGCCGCCUACGGGGUUUACACCGACGAUGGGCUUCGGUGCAAAUAAUGACAACCAAACCAAUAAUGACGACGAGUUGAUUAAUGAGGACACACUGCUCUCUGAGGAGGAUUUAACGAGACCCAUUGUGCCCCCCCCCGAGUGCCAACCCAAGACCGGCCGGAGGCGACGCGCCUGCAAGGACUGUACGUGCGGACUAGCAGACCGGCUCGACGCCGAGGAUACAGAGCGCCGCGCCAACGCCGAUAAAGAACUGAAUGUGAUGAUGCUGCAAUCCGACGAUUUGGAUGAGUUGGAUUUCACUGUCCAGGGCAAGACCGGCUCCUGUGGGAGCUGUGCGCUCGGAGAUGCCUUCCGGUGCGAUGGAUGUCCGUAUAUGGGUCUUCCGGCCUUCAAGCCUGGCCAGGAGGUCCAGAUUCUAAAUGAUGUUGCCCAGCUGUGA